AUUUUUUAUGAUAGUAUGGUACCUCAUUCUUGUUUUUCCAUGUUAUGCCAUAAGACUUCUGCUUUAGAUGGUGAGACUGAUCUAAAAACACGGGUUGUUCCAUUGGCUUGUAUUGGGCUAGCAUCGGAACAGUUGCAUAUAAUUAAGGGUGUUAUUGAGUGCCCGAAUCCUGAUAAAGACAUCACAAGAUUUGAUGGAAAUAUGCGAUUGUUUCCUCCCUUUAUCGAUAAUGACUUGUGCCCACUAACUAUCAGUAACACACUUCUGCAGUCUUGCUAUUUAAGGAAUACAGAAUGGGCUUGUGGAGUUGCAGUCUAUACAGGCAAUGAAACUAAGUUGGGGAUGAGUAGGGGUGUACCGGAGCCAAAACUUACUGCUGUGGAUGCAAUGAUAGAUAAGCUGACUGGAGCUAUCUUUCUGUUCCAAGUUGUUGUUGUUAUUGUCCUGGGUUUUGCAGGGAAUAUUUGGAAGGAUACUGAAGCUCGUAAGCAAUGGUAUGUUAAGUAUCCAGAGGAUGGUCCAUGGUAUGAACUUCUGGUGAUUCCCCUACGUUUUGAACUUUUGUGUUCCAUCAUGAUACCUAUUUCUAUAAAGGUUUCUCUGGACCUAGUGAAAGGUAUAUAUGCGAAGUUCAUUGACUGGGAUGAGGAAAUGUAUGAUCAUGAUACUAGGACUCCUUCUCAUGCAGCUAACACAGCGAUAAGUGAAGAUCUUGGACAAGUUGAGUAUAUAUUGACUGACAAAACUGGGACACUAACAGAGAAUAAGAUGAUCUUCAGAAGAUGUUGUAUAAAUGGUGUUUUCUAUGGAAAUGAAAGUGGAGAUGCUUUGAAAGAUGUCCAACUGUUGAAUGCUGUUGCCAAUAAUGUUGCUGAUGUAAUCAGAUUUGUCACAAUCAUGACAGUUUGCAAUACAGUUAUCCCUAUUAGAAGCAAGAGUGGAACCAUCUCAUAUAAAGCACAAUCACAAGAUGAAGAUGCACUUGUUAAUGCUGCUGCUCGAUUGCAUAUGGUGCUAAUCAGCAAAAAUGGCAGUAGUCUUGAGAUAAAUUUAAAUGGAUCACUAAUCCAGUAUGAGAUACUAGAUAUUCUGGAGUUUACUUCUGAUCGUAAAAGAAUGUCAGUGGUUGUUAAAGACUGUCAAGAUGGAAAGAUCCUCCUCUUAUCCAAAGGUGCUGAUGAAGCGAUUCUGCCUUGUGCCUAUGCUGGGCAGCAAAUAAGACCCUUUGUUGAUGCUGUGGAGCAAUAUGCUCAAUUGGGUUUGCGUACUCUAUGCUUGGGCUGGCGUGAGUUAAAAGACGAUGAGUACAAUGAAUGGUCACAUGCAUUUAAGCAGGCGAGAAGUACAUUAGUCGAUAGGGAGUGGAAGCUGGCUGAGGUUUGCCAAAUAUUAGAGCAUGACCUUGAGAUUAUUGGUGUUACUGCUAUUGAAGACCGGCUUCAGGAUGGUGUACCAGAAACUAUUGAAACACUAAGGCAGGCAGGAAUCAACUUUUGGAUGUUAACUGGUGACAAACAAAAUACAGCCAUCCAAAUCGCUCUUCUUUGCAACUUCAUUUCUUCAGAACCCAAAGGACAACUUCUGUUUAUCAAUGGUAAAACUGAAGAUGAAGUACUCAGAAGCUUAGAGAGAGUGUUACUCACAAUGAGGAUAACCUCUUCAGAGCCUAAG